GCCAGAGUUCCACACACACGUUCCUUGACCGACGAUGAUGUUGAUGGCGCGCGGCGUGCACAAGCGCGCGUACUCGCUCUCGGUCCAGAGCCUCCUGCAACAGUCGCUCUUGGCCACAUCCUACCCGCAGCUGACGGCCCAAAACACGCUCUUCCGGCGGUCGCACCAGCCGCAGACCGACUACCAAUCGAGUGCGGUGUUGAGCCUCGGGUUGCCGGCAAAGGAGCGUAUGCCUGCCGCGGAGGCUGUCUUGACGCGUCUCACAGAGGCUAAUACGACGAUGCUGGACCGCGCUGACGUCACAGCACCCGGCUUUAUCAACGUCACGCUGCGCGCCGACUGGAUUGCGCAGCAUGCGUUCACGAUGGCGACGACAGGCGUGCAGCCGCGGUCGGCGGGCGACCACAAGCAACGCGUGAUCGUCGACUUUGCAUCGCCCAACAUGGGCAAAGAGCUCCAUGUUGGGCACUUGCGCUCGAGCGUCCUUGGCGACACAGUCUGUAACCUCCUCGAGUUUCAAGGCCAUGAAGUGACACGCGUCAGUCACGUCGGCGACCUCGGCUCGGCGAUUGCUACGCUGCUCGUGCAGGCCAUGGACGAUGCUGACAAUGAAGCGUGCUCGCUUCCGCCUCGUACCGACCUCCUCGCCGCGUCGGCCUCGGCAGCGGACCUCGGACGAUGGUACGAGCGCGGCAAGCAACGCCUGACGACCGACGCCGCUUUCAAAAGCCAAGUCGAUUCGGUUGUGCUCCAGCUGCAAAAGACCGAUGUGUCAGCGUGGACGCUGCCGUGGAAGCAGACGUGUGCAAUUAGCCGCGCGGCGUUUGCCACUCUCAAUGCUCGUCUCAACGUCACUGUUCAAGAGCGUGGCGAAGCGACGUACCUUCCGCUGAUCCCAAAGGUCCUCGAUCUUCUUGUGCAAUCGGGUCUGGCCGUCGAAUCGCAAGGCGCGCUCUGUAUCUUUCUUGACGGCCAGGACAAGUCGCCAAUGCUCAUCCGCAAGCAAGACGGCGGUUUUUUGUACGCGACGACGGACCUCGCGACCCUCUACUCGCGCAUCCACGGCGACCCGUCGAUCGAUCCAAUCGCAUACGACCGCGCCAUUUACAUUACGGAUCUCAGCCAAAGCUUGCAUUUCCGCCACUUGUUUGAAGCGGCCCGCCGCGCUGGGUGGACUGACCACCGUCCCGUGCAGUUGGACCACGUUGGCUUUGGCCUCGUCAUGGGCGAAGACGGCACCAAGCUGAGUUCGCGCAAAGGCGGCUCGACGUCGCUCGAGGCGCUCUUGAACCAAGCGGGGAUUGAGAGUGCGCAACGGUCGGUCGUCGACGAUGCCGACCACGGCUACAUUGGUGACGCGGCCGUGCGCUACUAUGACCUCGCCCAGCACCGUGAGCGCAACUACAAGUUUGCCUACAGCUCGGUACUCAACCUCAAGGGCAACACGGCCGUGUACCUCAUGUAUGCGAGCGCGCGCCUCCAGGGCAUUCGCCGGAAAGCUGGGCUCAACGAACCGUGGACCGCAGUCUUGGCCGACCCCGCCUCUGCAGCGGUGCUGCUUGAGGCGUCGGCGACGUGGCACCCGACAGAGCGUGCCUUGGCGUUGGUGUUGAGCCAGUUUGAGGAUGCACUGCUCGAGACGCAGGCCGGAUGGCACCCGCACAUGCUCUGCGAGUACAUGUUCCGCCUCACUACGAGUUUCCACGCGUUCUACGAAGCGUGCCGCGUCCAGAAUCACGCUCCACGCCUCGUGCUCUGCGCCGCGACCGAUGCCGUUCUCCGCAAGGGCCUUGCGCUUCUCGGCAUUGCCGCCAUCGAACGCAUGUAGAGGAGGAUAACAUGGCGCGUUCUGCAGUGUUGUGGUCGACAAAGUCUCAUGACAGGCUGCCAGCGUACAAACGUUGUCUGAUGGAUGAAUAUGACAUGUGAACCAGUAUACA